CCACAAACAGAAGAGGUGUUGGAGUUGGAGGAUGACAACCUCACAUGAAAUGCUGGCAAGGGGGUACGGAGGAUCGACAUACACCUAUACUGCCGCAUUUCGAAUGUUCCAACCAGUUGCGGUGUAUUAGGUCGUUUAUGACACCAUGUUCAGUUUCCUCGCACACGUUAACUCCAGUUAGAAAUUACGUAACACAACCAACAGAUAACCUCGCAGCACGCGCAAGAUUUCCAUCCAUCUCGGGCACUGCAUCCAAGAGUCACUACCAUGGCUGACCCGAACGUGAGACCCGCGUACGUGGAUUUCAACGGGUACCGGCUUUCGAAGGCUUUCGACAAGAAACUCCUGCAGUCUGCACUAGAUUACGAGCCAACUGCUGACGACAUCUUCGUCGUCACUUACCCAAAAUGUGGUACGACCUGGACGCAACACAUAGCGUACCUGAUCUUCAACGGUGGCCGGAAACCGAUGGACGGAUUGGAGUUCCUCCGCAACAGUCCCUUCAUAGAAAUGCUAGGUGCAGAGAGCAUGACGACAAUGAGGCGGCCCGGUAUGGCCAAGUCUCACUUCCCGUUCUCCAUGAUGCCUUAUUCACCAGAAGCCAAGUACAUCUACGUGUGUCGCAACCCCAAAGACUGUUGCGUCUCUUUCUUCUACCACACGAAGGGGUUCUCGGGAUACGAAUUCAGGAAUGGGACUUUCGAGACGUUCUUCGACAUCUUCUACAAGGGAGAGACGGAUUUUGGAGAUUACUUCGACCACAUCUUGUCCUGGUACGAACAUCGGAAUGAUCCUAACAUGCUCUUCCUCCAUUACGAGGACAUGAAGAGCGACCCGAAAGAGAACGUGUUGAAAAUAGCGAGGUUUAUGGGAAACGGUUACUACCGGCAUCUACUGGAUGACCCGCAGUUUCUCGAAGAUGUCUUGAAGGGCAGCGACGUGAAAGCCAUGAAGGAUUACACAAAUGAUCAACUCGCUGAUUUUUUCACGAAACCUUUUAAGGAGGGCGAAGAGGAUGUUCCUGCAGGCUUGAGGCUUUUCCACAAGUUAACGCAGAGCGCGCCAUCCGACGCUAAACUCGUGCGUAAGGGGAUUGUCGGUGAUUGGAAGACGCACUUUACCGAAGACAUGAAUGAGAAGAUGGACAAGAAGAUCACUGAGAAAACUGAAGGCACAGAAUUAAUUGAGGUCUGGAGGAAAUAUGGUGUUCUUUGACAAUGUCAUAAGUGCAGCAUGGAAUGUAAAUCAUGACAUGGAACGUGCAAUGUCGAUGACAUGGCAUCGUCAUCGAGCGAUCCCUCAUGUUUUCACCACAGGAUGGCUGCGUCUUCACCCAACCCACAAGCGUACCAAGCAGUUUGCCUGCCAAUAUAACGAUAUAUGCUUCCUCGAUAUGGAUAGUGCUUAUAAGCUGCAGCAGAUUUCAACCAACAGAGCUUACGGGUGUUUCCUAGGCGGCUGCCCAACGCAGAUGGCGAGCACAGGUGCUUUUUGAGUGACAGCUCGGAACAGAAGUGGUCGUACCACGUGCGAUUUUCGAUCCUGGGGUUGUGAACGAUUCGAUUCUGUUGUCUCGUUCUCUCUCUAUUGUAGAGUUUGGAACUGCAAAAGCGAGUAAGAGAUCAGGGGACCAAUACCAAUUCCAAGAUGCUUUUCCGUAUAUUUGAUUUUGAUAUUGCGAGGAAGAACAAUCGCCAUCGGGCUUUCGUGGAGCUGAUCGUCUGACCACGACCUACUACUAUAUGCUACUAGGUCGUGUUUCAGACCUGCUGUCGCCCAUUAGAUCUAUGUAGCCUCGAAGAUAACAUGUAGCUAACCUCGCGUGUUUAGAGAAAUGAUGCGGCUGUUUUUCUGUUAUGUUCGUUUUAAACUCCGGUACCGCUCUAAUGUCUUGCGGGCGACCCUGCCAUAGGGCACACUAUGCCACAAAUAUUGAUCACGCUUUCAGACACCUAAGGUGCAAUUGCAGGCUCAGCUCACUGAAAAGUGCCGCUUAAAUGUUGGAUGCACUCUUGUGUAAUCGGACGUGUCUCAUUCGCUACAUUUUCGAUUUCGUGCUUGAUGCCUAUUUCCGACGCCUCUCCAAAAGGGAAGAGGAAAUACACGCCAGCUUAAAGAAGAAGAAAAGAAAGAAGGGAAAGAAGGAAGCAAAUGGAAUACGUACAAAUGCCGUAUUAUACUGUCUCAUAUACCAUAUCCUGCACUCCACACAACAACGUCAAAGCACAGGCGCUAAGCGUGGUGUACUAAUUAUAUUUUACAUCACGCAUGACAAAUUCAAUAAAGCGUCUUUUAUUGAAAAAAUAACAA